AUGCCAUCCGAUCCACAACAUCCACAACAACCCCUCACAGCUGAAAAUGUGGCACAAUACUUGCCAUUGUCUGGUCACCUUCCCAAGAUCCCUGGCCGUAUCAUUAAUGUCACUCACCAAAUCCCAUAUAACAUUAUACGUUCACCACCUACCAUGACCUCGUUGGAUUCAACCCAACAACCACCUACCCCACCUUAUUCCCCUCCUUCCACUUCUUUUUUGGGAUCACUGCAACAGGAUGUAUCCGACGAAGAAACAAGUGGAAACAGCAGUAGCAGUAGUAGCGAUGGUGGUAAUGGUAGUAGCAAUGAUCUUUUCCGCCAAAUGCAAGCAUCUCGUUUUCAACAUCAUCAUCAUCAUCAAGAACAUUCACCUGUAUCCUCUGCACCGAUAUCCAAGUUGGCAAGACACCAUAGACGCACAGGCACAUUGCGUGUCAAGUUCCAUGCAGCCGAUUGGACCGUUGUACAAAGCCGUGGACACGGGGCCCUUUAUGCAGGGCUACAAAGCCUGAGUCAACAUUGGGAAACGAUUCACAUUGGUUGGACUGGUCCUAUUCGCAUCGCACAUAGCAAAAAGACGGUCCCUUCCGAGGACAUUGAUCCUGCUGAUAAGAAGAAACUUGAGACUUUGCUUUGGGAAAAGGGACGCAUCGUUCCCAUCUUUUUGGAUAAUAAGGCUAAUGGCCAUUACGAAGGUUAUUGUAAAGAAGUGCUAUGGCCAUUGCUUCAUUAUCUUGUAUGGAACAAAGCAACCGAUGGCCGUGCUGAAAAGCAAAAUUGGCAUGACUAUGUGGCAGUAAAUCAACAAUUUGCCAAUACUAUCGUAGCCCAUUACCGACAAGGCGAUAUUAUUUCAAUCCACGACUACCACUUGCUAUUGGUUCCCGAGAUGGUGCGAGCACAAAUACCCGAUGCAGCGAUUGGCAUCUUCAUUCAUGCAACUUUUCCCAGCUCAGAAAUCUUUCGAUGCCUUUCUGUACGAAAUGAGAUCUUGAGUGGCAUGGUGGGAGCUGAUUUGGUUGGUUUCCAGACUUAUGCAUACGCUCGCCAUUUCAUUUCUUCAUGUACGCGUGUAUUGGGUUACGAGUCUACUUUGGUGGGUGUCAAUGCCAAUUCACGUCAAGUAUCGGUUGGCACAUGGCCUAUUGGUAUUGAUGUGGAUCGUAUCAAUCGUUUCAGAAAGGAGCCAGGAGUACAACCCAAGAUCCAAGCUAUUCGCGACAUGUAUAUGGGCAAAAAGAUUAUCAUUGGACGUGACAAAUUGGAUCAAACCAAAGGCGUGCUUCAAAAGCUACAUGCCUUUGAGCAAUUUUUGCACGAUUAUCCCGAAUGGCGUAACCAAGUGGUGUUGAUCCAGGUGACAACGCCUACAGUACAUGGCAUGAGCAAGCUUGAGACGAAGGUGUCUGAGACCGUCAGCCACAUUAAUGGUCUUUAUGGAUCGCUUGAAUUUACUCCCAUCCACCAUUAUCAUCAAGACAUUGAUCGUGACGAGUAUUAUGCAUUGCUAUCGGCAGCCGAUGUUGGUCUUAUUACAAGUGUACGAGAUGGCAUGAACACUACCUCAUUUGAAUUUAUCAUUUGCCAAAGUGAACAACACGCACCUCUUAUCCUCUCUGAAUUUACUGGUACGGCCGGAUCUCUUAGUGCAGCACUCAUGGUCAACCCUUGGGAUUCAGCAGGCGUGGCGCGAGCUAUUAAUGAAGCUCUAUGCAUGUCACCUGAAGAAAAGCAUACUCGUCACCUGCAACUUUACAAUCACGUUACAGCACACACUGCAAGCUUUUGGGCUCAUUCAUUUAUCAAGCACCUGGUUAGCUGCACCGAGAAAAGGACCCUUAGGUCGCAUGAGACGCCCGCAUUGGACCGGACCCGUUUAGUGGAUGCGUACAAACAAGCUAAGAAACGCCUCAUGUUUUUUGACUAUGAUGGUACACUUACACCGAUUGUGUCUGUCCCAUCGGAUGCAAAGCCAUCAAAACCUGUUCUCGAACACCUGCAAAAGCUGUGCAAUGAUCCUCGCAACGAAGUAUGGGUUAUUUCAGGACGUGAUCAACAAACAUUGGAUGAUUGGCUUGGCAGUGCCAUUACCAAUAUUGGAUUGAGUGCAGAGCAUGGUAGUUUCCUCAAGACCGCCAACGCUGGUCGCUGGGUCAACAUGCUGGAUGAUGUCAACAUGAGCUGGAAACAGGAUGUCACUGAGAUCUUUGAAUACUAUACUGAAAGGACACAAGGGAGCUUUACUGAACACAAAAAGUCAUCCAUCACUUGGCAUUAUCGUCUUGCGGAUGCUGAAUAUGGUGCCUUCCAAGCUAAAGAAUGCCAAAACCAUUUGGAGAAUGCCAUCGUAUCAAAGCUGCCAGUGGAGAUCCUUCUUGGUAAAAAGAACAUUGAAGUACGACCUGCAUCUAUCAACAAGGGUGAAAUUGUCAAGCGUAUCCUAGCACAACAUCCCGAUGCCGACUUUGUCAUUUGUGCCGGUGACGAUAAGACUGAUGAAGACAUGUUCCGCACACUUGCAACCAGCUCGAUCCAUGAUACAUUUUCAGUUACUGUGGGCUCACCCGAAAAGAAGACGUUGGCAAGUUGGCAUGUCCGAUCCAGCGGUGAUAUCGUGGAUGUAUUAGGCCAAAUGGCAUCAGCAUAA